AUGGAACUGCAGUCUUCGUUGCAUUCUUAUGGAAUUACCCCAGUGUCAAACUCAACCGUUUACCUGACAAAUGGCUCGCAGUCAGACGAAUCAGCGGUGGCUGAAGACGCCAUGACAGAUGUGGCCGUGGAGGUCGCUGCCGCUGAGGCAAAGUCUAAAAUCCGCAGAAAAUCUGCCAACAAGCGCAAAUGUUCGUCACGUGGCUGCACUUCUGCACCAUUACGGAUUGUGGGUGAUUGCUCGCUGUGUCAGGGCAAGUUCUGCUCGAAACACCGUCUUCUUGAGAACCACAAUUGUUCCGGAUUGCAGUCAUGUAAGGAUCAGAUGCACGAACGCAACGCUUUAAAGCUGCAAUCGGAGCAGACUGUUGCCUCCAAGGUGUAG